UCCCUUCCGCUUCCGACGCGCCAUCUGCUCAGCCGGUGGAUGUGCGGCAAUAACAUGUCUGCCCCGCUGCCCGCCGUCGUGCCCGCCGCCCGCAAGGCCACCGCCGCGGUUAUUUUCCUUCAUGGACUGGGAGAUACUGGGCACGGAUGGGCAGAAGCCUUUGCAGGUAUCAGAAGUUCACAUAUCAAAUACAUCUGCCCACAUGCGCCAAUUAUGCCUGUUACAUUAAAUAUGAAUAUGGCUAUGCCUUCAUGGUUUGAUAUUAUUGGGCUUUCACCAGAAUCCCAGGAAGAUGAAUAUGGAAUUAAGCAGGCAUCAGAAAAUGUAAAAGCUUUGAUAGAGCAAGAGGUAAAGAAUGGCAUUACUUCUAACAGAAUUAUUUUAGGAGGAUUUUCUCAGGGAGGAGCUUUAUCUUUAUACACUGCUCUCACCAUGCAGCAGAAACUGGCAGGCGUCACUGCACUGAGUUGCUGGCUUCCACUUUGGACUUCCUUUCCACAGGGUCCUAUAAGUGGCGCUAAUAGAGAUAUUUCUAUUCUCCAGUGCCAUGGGGAUUGUGAUCCUUUAGUUCCCCUAAUAUUUGGUUCUCUGACUGUUGAAAAACUGAAAACAUUGGUCAAUCCAGCCAAUGUGACUUUCAAAACAUAUGAAGGCAUGAUGCACAGUUCAUGUCAAGAGGAAAUGAUGGAUGUCAAGCAAUUCAUUGAUAAACUCCUACCUCCAAUUGAUUGAUGUCACUAAGAGGCCUUGUAUGGAAGUACACCAGCAUCAUUGUAGUUGAUUAUAAACCUUCUCCCAUGCCUGAUCUUAAAACUUAUAAUGUUUGCAGUGGUAAAUGUUUUGCAAAUACACACAAUGAUUCAGACUCAAUAAUGUCUCCCCAUGGGAAAUUUAUGAUCAAAGUUUCUAUACAUGUAUUUGUAUAAGAUAAUCCAGAAUAUACUAGUAUUAAAAUAAGUGAAGCCAUUAGCUUCUUUUUCCUCAAAUGUAAUUCAGCAAAAUAAAAGACUGCAGAGUUUUUAUUACAUCAUUAAAAAUAACUAGUAUUCUUAAAGAAAAUUUGUUCAGAUAUUAAUAAGCAGUUAAGGUAUAAAUGAUGUAUUAGUGCUAUGGGGCUUAGUCUAGGGAGUUGUUCCACAAUUGUUUAGUCAU